CCCUCCUCACCCGCAGCAGGGAAGUGAUGUCAGUCAGACACCUCUAGCAGAUUACUGACAGAGCGGAGGCAGCAACAGGGAAGGAAUUUAACGAACCUCCUCAAAAUCCAUCUUCAUCCGCGAAGAAUUAACAAGUAUCCAUAUAAAAAACAGUGGGAGCAUAAAGUACGAACUGCAACCUUUUUAACAAGCUGCGUAUUAGCACAAUAUGAGGUUGGUAGCGUUUUAAAACAAGUGGCGAAAGAUAGUAAGAGCUGACUUCAUCCGGAGACAACAUAACGUAACAAGAAUAUACAAUUCAUCGUUCCAGGAGGUUUUAACGUGUUUUGUGUUUUGAACAGGCUUGGCGUUUAAACCUAAACAUUUUUUUGGGAUAUUUUGAAGCUAGCGAGCGCGCUUGCUAGCCGAAGACAGAUCUCUUAAAACCAUGGAGUUAAGAGUGGGUAACCGAUAUAGACUGGGCAGGAAGAUAGGCAGUGGAUCAUUUGGUGACAUCUACCUGGGUACCGAUAUCUCCGUCGGAGAGGAGGUAGCCAUCAAGUUGGAAUGUGUGAAGACCAAACACCCCCAGCUCCACAUCGAGAGCAAAAUCUACAAGAUGAUGCAGGGUGGAGUGGGUAUUCCGACGAUAAAGUGGUGCGGGGCCGAGGGGGACUACAACGUGAUGGUGAUGGAGCUGCUGGGGCCCAGUCUGGAGGAUCUGUUCAACUUCUGCUCUCGAAAGUUCAGCCUCAAGACGGUCCUGCUGCUGGCUGACCAGAUGAUCAGCCGCAUUGAGUACAUCCACUCCAAGAACUUCAUCCACAGAGAUGUGAAGCCAGACAACUUCCUGAUGGGGCUGGGCAAGAAGGGCAACCUGGUCUACAUCAUCGACUUCGGCCUGGCCAAGAAGUACCGCGACGCCCGCACGCACCAGCACAUCCCCUACCGCGAGAACAAGAACUUGACCGGCACCGCCCGCUACGCCUCCAUAAACACACAUCUGGGCAUCGAACAGUCCAGGCGGGACGACCUGGAGUCACUGGGCUACGUCCUCAUGUACUUCAACCUGGGUUCUCUGCCCUGGCAAGGCCUCAAAGCCGCCACCAAAAGGCAGAAGUACGAACGCAUCAGUGAGAAGAAAAUGUCCACGCCAAUCGAGGUCCUCUGCAAAGGCUACCCAUCCGAGUUUGCCACCUACCUGAACUUCUGCCGCUCACUGCGCUUCGACGACAAGCCUGACUACUCGUACCUCCGCCAGCUCUUCAGGAACCUCUUCCACAGACAGGGCUUCUCCUACGACUACGUCUUUGACUGGAACAUGCUCAAAUUUGGUGCCAACAGGGCCGUGGAGGACGCAGAGAGGGAGCGUCGGGAGCGUGAGGAGAGACUGAGGCACAGCAGGAACCCCGCAGCCAGGGGCAUGGCCUCGGCCUCUGGAAGAGCCAGGGCGGCUCCGGAAGUCGCCGCCCCCUCACCCCUCAACCCUGCCUCACACACAGGUCUGGAGAAGGAGAGGAAGGUGAGCAUGCGUCUUCAUCGUGGGGCACCUGUCAACAUCUCCUCCUCAGACCUGACGGGACGCCAGGACACAUCCCGCAUGUCGUCACAGGCCCUGUCCCGGGUCACACCCAGUGGCCUUCAGUCCGCAGCUCCCCGGUGAAACCCUCCCAUCCAUCCGUGCACCAUGUAGGCCUCAACGUGCUCCACCUGCAGCGUACACACACACACACACACACACACCUAAAUAAUACACACACAGGACUCUGAAAUGACAGAAGACUACCAACUAAUGCACCGGAGUUUUGCUGCGCUCUUGUUCACUUGACUGAGGAAAAGAUGCACAACCAGCAGUGUGUGUGUGUUUGUGUGUGUCGGGGGCGUGAGAGCUAGGCGGGUGGAGUACAGUUUGGUAGCAGCCACGGCUUCCCUUCUUCUCCAAUGGAAGAUGUGGAACCCCCUCUCUUACAGUUGAUCAAGCCAUGGAUACACUUUCUUUUUAAACUUUGGUUUUUACUUAAUUUUGUUCUUUAGCAUUACACCUUCUCUGACACCAGCUCCACUGAUCAGACUUCAAAAGGGCUGGAGAAUGAUUCUGUAAGCUGUUAAAUAGUGUGUGGGACAUUUUUGAUUUUGAAAGCAAGAAGACGUGAUCCAUCAUAGCAGUGUUAAAGGCCACUGACUCCUUAAACCCCACAAGUCAACAUUUUAUUUUUUUUUGUUCAAGGUUUAAAUGUAAAGGUAGGAUAACCCCCUUGUUUUUAAGAAUAGGACAAAAGGUAUUUGAAUGUUCUAUUUUUUUUUUUUUUUUCUUCUGGGUCCUCCUUGGGUGCAUUGCAACCAGGAUGUUGUAGUUAAUCCAAAAAACACACGGCAUAUUUUCUGUCAUGCCUUCAGGUUGUGACGAGUGUGCUGCCUUGGAAAGCUGUGAAUGAAUCGAUCUGUCCACAAUGAAUGGAUGAGAUGUUGUUUUUAAGCCGAUAAAUAGUGAUGUGGUUUUGUGUGUGUUUGUGUGCUUCUGUCUUAGGGUUAUACAAGCUCAAAGGGGUGGGGAUAAACAUGUUGAGGCGUCUUUACUUUUAGGGGUUUAACAUCCUGACCUCACUCUGGACCACUUAACCCUCUGGCCAUUUCCUACCUAGACCUCGUCAAACGCUCACGGUCUGCCUCCCACUAAUGUCAUUUUUCCAAUGGAAUGCUACAACAUUCUACUCGACAGUUUCAGCCAACCAGCACAGAGCAAACAAGGAGCUGGUAUAGCCACGUCCAAGACGGCAUAACAACUCCACAACGGAGGCAUAAUAGUGGUUAUUUUGCAGUCAUUAUUUUGGAAAAAUGCAUCCUGGUGAGCAAAACAAACGGCUCUUUAGUGUGUUUGGUCUUCUAGCCUCAUUUAAAAUCAUCUGACAUUGACUAUGUGCCAAUACAGCAGAUUUUGCGACAUGGUAACACAGUGUACAACCAAACUAUGUCAACUCUACUGGAGCCAGUCUGUCCUUGACAUAUGACAACAUUAAAGGCACACUCCACCAAGUUUACACAUCAAGAUCAGUUUUUUGUCACAAAGAGAACUGCUCAGCCUGUGAAAACGGGUGUAGAUUGUCAUCGGUUGAGCAGACUUGAGUUGCAUCAUGGGAAAUGUAAGAUCGAGGGCUUUUGGGGAUUGAUCCACACAAUGCGGGGGCGGGGGCAUAUAUCUUAUCUUUUGCCUUCCUUUUGACCUUUUUUUUUUUUUUUUCUAAUUUAGUAUUCAAGUCCCACAACUUUAUGGGAGCACAAAACAGGAUGCCAAGUGUUCCUGAUUCUAUGCCUCUGACUUUUGAUGUAUAGUGAAAUAAAAAAUAAAAACAGGUGGCGUAAAUGGAGCACAAUAAGAGACACAAGAGCCUAAAGGCUUAAUGUAAUAAGUACACUUCAAUUAAACCUUGAUCAGCUGAUCUUUCUGACCAACUCGGGACAUCCCCAUGAGGAGGUCUGUCGAGAGCUGUGAGAAUCCAGGUAGAAAAUGGACCGGUGUGCCUUAACAUCGGCUAAAUGGAAAGCGAGGAGGUUUUGGAGAGCGAGUGUUGUCUUAAAAGGUCUCAGCUCUACUGGAGCUACGAGCCCCAGUGACCUGCGUCCUUCCAUCUGAGCGGUCGGCCGAUCCGACCAAUGAAUCCUGCAGAUUUGGAAGUAGGAAAUCCUCAAUGUGGUAGACUGGUUGCAAAGUAUUGUAGGCUGUUUUUCUGUAGCUUGAGGGAGAAAGGGUUGUAGUGGUAAUUUGUACAUGUUUGUUAUGUUGUGUAUAGAAUGUGCUUACUGUCGACCAUGUCCACAUGAGCCGCUGUAUGGUUCCGGAUAAUAACGGAGGUGUAUGGAGGGACUGGGAAUGCCUCACUCUAUUAGUUUAAAAAACAUAUAUAGAUAUAUAAUAUACCUCACCUGGGGGCUUGCAAAACAAAAACAAAAAAAGUGAUGGAUUGAUAUUGUUUGGCACACUGAUGAUGGCUAUGAUAGAUGCAAGUACACUUUAAGGGAUACUAGUUUUUUUUCAGUCUGUCAUGUCUGCUUCUCUCAGUUCUUUAUUUGUUUCACCUCCUGUCCAAUGUUGCUUUUAACUGCAGUGGAUAUGGUCGCUCAUGUCCCGCAAUGCAUUCUUACUGUGGAUUCAUGGGAAAUCUUCUCUUUCCACUCCCACCUUAAGACUUUUGCUCCUCAUUUGUAAUGCCACUGUAUUUGUGUAUUUUAAAAGUGUAAAUAAAUUAAUAAGUACUUGUA